AUGUCCACGCAUCUGCAACAGAUGGUGAUGCCCAACUGCUCCAGUUUCCUAUCAAGAGGUUCAAGCAGACACAACACUGAACCCAGCAACCCAAAGGCCCACAAUUCUUUCCUCUACAACAUGUUGAAUCAUCACAAGACUAUGGCUGUGGAGCUGGUAGCUGAUAGCAGGGGUACUGUGGUAGUCAUGAAGUGGACAUCCAGUCAGUAA